UGUGGAGUGCUCUCGUGUAAAUAAAAAGAGGAAAAAAAAAAAAGUUUCUCAAGUCGCCGCUGCACGACGUCGGGCCGGCGCCGGAGGCAGGGGUUUGCGCUCUGCCGAGCGGCCUCGCGCUGGACUUUAUUGUGCCGCAACAAGCCCCCGUUCCCAUUGUUUGUGUGUUUUUCAAAAUAUGGCAAAGGUUCAGGUGAACAAUGUAGUGGUGCUGGAUAACCCUUCUCCUUUCUACAACCCGUUCCAGUUCGAGAUCACCUUCGAGUGCAUCGAGGAUCUGUCUGAAGACUUGGAAUGGAAAAUUAUUUAUGUGGGCUCUGCAGAAAGUGAAGAAUACGAUCAAGUUUUAGACUCUGUUUUAGUGGGACCUGUUCCUGCAGGAAGGCAUAUGUUCGUAUUUCAGGCUGAUGCACCUAACCCAGGACUCAUUCCAGAUGCAGAUGCAGUAGGUGUAACAGUUGUGCUAAUUACAUGUACCUAUCGAGGUCAAGAAUUUAUUAGAGUUGGCUACUAUGUAAAUAAUGAAUAUACCGAGACAGAAUUGCGGGAAAACCCACCAGUAAAGCCAGACUUUUCUAAGCUUCAACGGAACAUUUUGGCAUCUAAUCCCAGGGUCACAAGAUUCCACAUUAAUUGGGAAGAUAACACAGAAAAAUUGGAAGACGCAGAGAGCAGUAAUCCAAAUCUACAGUCACUUCUUUCAACAGAUGCACUGCCUUCGGCAUCAAAGGGAUGGUCCACGUCAGAAAACUCACUAAACGUUAUGCUAGAAUCCCACAUGGACUGCAUGUGACCACCUGCCAUCCCUUUAGUACAAAUUAAGCUAUAAAAAAAACAGAACUAUUUCCCUGAAAUUCCGUAAGUACAUAGUCAAGACACAAUGUGAAGAAUUUGUUUUAAAAAAUCAUCCUGUAGAAAGUUUAUAAGAAAACCAGUAUUUGAACAAAUUGUGGAAUAUAAAUACAAAUACAACUAUUUUUAAGUAA